AUGCCCGCUCGUCCGACCAAGCAGCUACAUCAAUGUAGCCUUUGUGGCCGCAAAGGUCACAAUGUUCUUCGGUGCGAAGCUCCCGGUGCUGCUCGCUAUAGAAAGCUGUUGGCCAUUUACAAAGAUGACCAGAGAUUGAAUUCCAAGCAAACUGGUCGCAAAGGAAAGACUAGACCCAGAAGACAAAAAUUUGGUGACAGGAAAAACAAGGCAAAGGACACAUACUCAGGUAAAAGGAAACGCUUGCAAGACGACAAGGUUAGACGUGAGAAGAGAAGAAAGCAGGAGCAUCUCAAGGGAGAUGAACAGAAUGCAGUCAAGGAGCUUCAAAAAAUAGGCUUUUUGAAAGCCCCGCAAAGAUGUCCUUUUUGCAAGAGAUACAAUCUGAAUGAAGCUGACAACAAAGGGAAGACUGUGGAGUAUCGUUGCAAAUGGGCGUAUUGUAGAAAAAGGAUCACUGCUUUGAACCAUAGCUAUGGACUACCUCAAAGUCUUGGACGGGGUCUUUCCGCCACGGGCUUGUUGGUUGCCAUUCGUUCCUACUGUGCUGCUACCAAGUGUGUGAGUCCAUUGGCCGUUGCUCAGACGAUUGGAUGCAGUGAGAAACCCAUUGCGCGUUUGUACACGUGCCUUCGAGAGAUGGAAGCGAAAGCUGGUGCUGAACUCAACUACAGCAUGCGGCUUCGGAAGGAGGUCGAGUUGGAUGGACACAAAGUCCGCACAGCAUGGGUUUCGAAAAAGACUACCAAGUUUCUGCCACAGGCAAAAUGCCAGAAGGCCAAGAAUUUCAUUCUUCACUAUGGUUUAGAACCGUGUUUGGUCUAUUUACCUGUGGGCAUUUUGACCACACAGGGCAUGUUUAGAACCUGA